AUGGGUCCUCUUAAUCAAUUCUCGUCACCUACAAAUCUAUCUACAGACGGAUUUCAGCCUGUCGGACUUGAGAUUGAAAGUGCGGAUGAAGAUAAACUUUUACGCUUCAUGGAUAAUUGUCCCGCUUUAACAAACUGUCCUACGACUAAGAACGGACGAUUAGAAAAAACUAAACUUAAGAAAUCAGAGAAAUACAAGAAGUUAGUCCUAGAUCCCAUAUCCGAGCGAGCCGGUUUCUCUUUAACAGUAGAGGACGCAGAGGGUCUUUACAACCUCUGUAACUUUGAGCACAUCUCUCCAACCGAGUCAAACAACUCCUCUUUCUGUGACCUGAUCCCGAGAUCAGCCUUCGCUCUGUUGGACUACUCGCGUGAUCUGGACAGGUACUACAGAUCCAGUUAUCCUAACAAACUUGGUUACGAACUGUCAUGUGUGGUACUGAAGGAUGUGUUGAGAGAGUUUGAGAGUGAGGAAUCUGCUACCGCCCUGCGGUUCGCUCAUAGUGAGACUAUAGUCUCCCUUAUCACCCUGCUGGGUAUCAACAAGGAUCAGGACAAUAUUAUCUACACUUGGGAUAAGGAGGACUUCUGGAAUAGAACAACAAAGAUGAGCGAGCUAGACCCUUUUGCAACUAAUAUGGGGUUCGUUGUCUUUAGGAACUCAUCAUCAGAACAGGAUAUUAUCAAGAUAUAUUUGAAUGAGAGAGAAGUAAAGAUAACGGCGUGUGCAUCAUCAGAGGAGGGGUGCACGAGAGAUGAGCUACUUGACAUCGUCCGGGGCACUCUGGGACAGUGUGACCGAUCUGUUAUGUGUUUCGGAACUAAUACCACAAAUGAUGACGUCAUCAUUUCUACAGUGGAUGAUGUCAUUGUCUCUACAAGAGGUAACGAUAAUGAUAAUGUACAACCGAUGAAUGACUCCACCUCAUUGACCUAUCAAUGUAUCUCGGAGAAGAAUGUGGAUUUGGCGGUGGCGGCAAAACUAGCAGAUGAGAACAAAGUUCUGUUGGACUUUAACCUGUUUGUAAUAAUGACAGGACUUAGUGGACUGUGUAUAGUGUUGAUAGGACUUGUUGCUUUUAACCGCAAGAAAAUUAUUUCCAAUGGUGUCAAUAGUGGCUACCAGAAAUUGCCUUUCCUAGAUUCUUAA